CAUUAUUGCAGUUCUUCAAUAGCCAACGGUGGUCUUCAUCAUUUCCGUAAUUUUCUUUGUCUUUUGUUGAAAACAGAAAGAAAAAGAAACCAGUUUUUUAGUGUUACUUUAAAGAAUUUCAAUUACUACAAAGAACAAGUGUUUGUAGUAAUCGGCAAUUUCUCGCCUAGUUUUGAGUUCAAAGGUUGAAACUAUAGAGUAACGCUGAGCAGGAGUUUCACAUUGGUCAGCCCACACUGAUACGGCCACGUCAGGUGGACACCACGGAGUGAUGACGUGGCGAUAUCAGAAGGGGACGAUGUAGAAGGUUAUAAUGGAGGGGUGAAGUGAGAAGAAGAGAGGAUCAUGAUUUGAAGAAUGGUCAUAGGUCCUAUGAUAUACACAUGUCGGCUACAAAACACUCAAAAUACAGACUCUGUCAUGUUUCUUUAUUCCUUCUAUCUCUGCUCGUUUAACGUAGAAAGUUAGAAACUCUACAGUGAGAGAAAGAAAGAAAACUGAAGUGUGUUUAGAGUCUUAUUAGAGUUAAUAGAGACAGAGAGAGAUCCAAUGGAGUAUGAGAGAAUAGACAAAGUUCAGAAAGUUGAAUGCUUCCUUUUUUUUUAGUUGGUUGUGAUGGGAAGGUUUAAUUUGUUUGUAUCACAUUUUCUUUUUAUUGAUGGAAGCAAAAGACUAGAGUGGUAUUUCACCAAGUAAAUUAAGGAUGAAGCUGAUGGGGCCUCAUCAUAACAGAAAGAAGGAUGGAUCAAACAGCAAUUCUUCUAGGACAUCUCCUUCUAGGAUUCAGGAUGCUGAGUUUGUGAACAGUCUAUUAGCCUCUAAGAAUGGAGACUUUGAUGAGGAAGUUCCCAGCUUAGAUGUUGCACCAGCUAAAAUAUCCAAUGAGGUAGUGCUUGAUUCCAGCCUAAAUGAUCAAAUUUCUAGCCAAGCAAAGGAGUCACUGCCAAGGGAAAGCAUUGAAGUGGGUCGUGCUAAAUUGCAGCAAUUCUCAAUGACUGAUAAUGGUAAUUCCAGCACAAUAGAUCCAAUGAGGAGACUAGAAGAUGAAAAUCUUGAUUAUGAUAGCAAUGCUAGUUCAUCAAGCUUUGAGUUUCAUAAAGGGGAGAGAACAGUACAUAAUUCCAUGACAAGGUCAUACGCGAGACCUAUGUCAUCUAAGUGGAAUGAUGCAGAGAAAUGGAUAAUGAACAGGCAAAACCUGCAAGCUACUUAUGCUAAGAAGAAUGCAUUUCACAACCAAGCUAAUCGAUUUCCCAUGACAAAUAUGGUGAGAGUUGCUCCAGAGUCUGCAAAUUAUGAUCAGAGGUCAGCUGUUAAUCAUGUAGCUGACACAAAGAGGGUAGAUUUCUGUCAGCCUGUUGUGCAGAUGCCAUUCGAGAAGUUCUCUUUUAUUCCUUCUGGAGCUCAUCCUAUUUCAGUGCAAGCAUAUGGAGGAAACUUAUUAAGUGAUCAGUGUCCUCAAAGUAGGGAUUUGAGGGAAGUGGCUCAGUGGGAUUUAUCUUGUACAAAAAGUUUAACAGAAGAUACAACAGUUAUUCCUGCAAUACGAUCAGUUUCUAUGAGAGAUAUGGGAACAGAAAUGACACCUGUUACAAGUCAAGAGCCUUCUAGGACUGCUACACCUGUAGGGGCAACAACCCCACUCCGAAGCCCGGCAUCUUCAAUCCCGUCUACUCCCCGCACAGGGGCACCAACGUCGACGCCUUUGGACCACACUAUAGAUGAUGAGUCACAGCAUCCUCCUGAUAAUGGCAAGAAGGAAUUGUCUGAGCAAGAAAUGAAGCUCAAGACAAGAAGAGAGAUUGUAGCCCUUGGUGUCCGGCUUGGCAAGAUGAAUAUUGCUGCUUGGGCAAGCAAAGACGAGAAGGAGAACAAUACAUCUUCAGUUGACACCACUCAUAUGGAGGAGCUUGAGCAGAUUGAAUAUGAAAAACGAGCAGCUGCAUGGGAAGAAGCUGAAAAGUCUAAGCAUACAGCAAGGUAUAAGCGUGAAGAGAUCAAAAUACAAGCAUGGGAGAGUCAGCAGAGAGCAAAACUAGAAGCAGAGAUGCGGAGAAUAGAGGCAAAAGUAGAGCAAAUGAGAGCCCAAGCUCAGGCAAAGAUGGUGAAGAAGAUUGCCAUGGCUAGGCAAAGAUCAGAAGAAAAACGAGCUGCAGCCGAAGCCAGAAAAAAUGGAGAUGCGGAGAGAACUUCUGCUCAAGCAGAAUACAUUCGCCAAACCGGAAAAAUGCCAUCAUCUCAUUACAUGUGCUGUGGUUGGUUUUCCUAAAAUAUAGUAAACAACGAAUAAAAGCAAAAGCGCUCAUACACUUACUGAGCCAAAGUAGCAUCUCUUGUACCUUGUUUUGAGUAUUAGCGACGAUGGUCAAGGAGUGUUGUAUUUUAUAGAGUGGUCUUUAGCUUUUUGUGUUACUUGGAAAGAUGAAAUGAAUAGUGCAAUUGAUGCAAUUAAUGUUAAUGCCAAUAGGAUUUUCACACCAAGUUUUCAAGAAAUUAAAGAGGAUCGAUGUUUUAGUUGUGUCUUAAUCCUUUUU